AAGCGCAAAAACCAGUCAACCAACCGUAUAUGGAGAGCUUCAUCCACAAACUUAACGAAGAAGCAACCACCGCUAUCCACCACCAACCGCCACCGUGGAGGCGGAUCACCGACGUUGAAGAAACUUCAAUCAUGGUUGCAGCUCUCAAGAACGUCAUUGGAUGCACAGACUAUACAACUGUUGACCAACGACAGAAUUAUGAUUUCCGGUCGUUUUCUCCGAUGGAUUAUCAGGCAGCCGGCAGCGGUGGUGAGAUAGUGGAUUCUUUACUUGCGGUCCCUCUUCCUCAGAUAUGUCCCGUUUGUGGGAUCACCGGUUGUCUGGGGUGUAACUACUUUACCGACGAUAUGAAACUGAACGACGGUUGUGGUGGCGGUGGAGGAGCUGGUGGUCCGAUUAAGAAAAAGAAGAAGAAUUACAGAGGAGUGAGACAGCGACCGUGGGGGAAAUGGGCGGCGGAGAUUCGGGACCCACGUAAAGCAGCUCGGGUGUGGUUAGGUACGUUUGUGACGGCUGAGUCAGCGGCUCGGGCUUACGACAGAGCUGCCAUAGAAUUCAGAGGAGCUAGAGCCAAGCUCAAUUUUCCGUUGGCUGAUUACACCACAACACCGCCGUCAAUGGCGGAAAGCCAGCAGCCAGCGCCAUCAUCAACAAGAACUAAACCGGAAAGAAGCAAUGGCGGGAAGAAACCCAGUGUAGAAAAGGGAGUAAUGGAAGCGACUGCGGAGAGAUCGAGUGAAGAAUGGAUGAGGAUGAUGACGGAUUUCAAUGGCGACUUUCACGAUUCAACUCAAAUUGGAAAUGGCGAAUUUCCUGAUUGGAUUUGGGACGAACAGUGGGGCUCUUCAAAUGUUGACCAGCAACAGCGCUAUGAUUUCCGAUCGUUUUAUACGUCUGAUUAUGCCGCCGCCGGUAGUGAGCCGGUGGAAUAUUUACCGGAGGUUCUUCUUUCUCAGACAUGUCCGUUUUGUAGGAUUAGCGGUUGUCUGGGGUGUAAUUACUUUAUGGAUGAUAUGGAACAGAACGACGGCGGGAGCGGUGGUCCGAUUAAGAAAAAGAAGAAGAAUUACAGAGGAGUGAGACAGCGACCGUGGGGGAAAUGGGCGGCGGAGAUUCGUGAUCCACGUAAAGCAGCUCGUGUGUGGUUAGGUACGUUUGAGACAGCGGAGUCAGCGGCUCGGGCUUACGACAGAGCUGCCAUAGAAUUCAGGGGAACCACAGCCAAGCUCAAUUUCCCGUUGGCCGAUUACGCAACACCACCGUCCCACGUCGACAUUCUAUCCACACGCAUAUAUAUAUAUAUAUAUAUAUCACCAUUGACCUUCUCCUCUUUCUUCAACGAGUUACAGACACAAAACCAGCGAACGAAUACAAAGGUUUACCAAAAGUACUACCAACAACAGUCACUGAUGCCGCCGCCGUUUCAGCCGUCGCCGCGAUUCACCAAGGAUGAAGAAACUUCAAUCAUGGUUGCAGCUCUCAAGAACGUCAUCGUCGGAUGUACAGACUCUACUACUUUUGACCAACGACAGAACCAUGUUUUCCGGUCUUCUUCUCCGUUUGAUUCUGCCGCCGCCGGCGGCAGCGGUAGUGAGCGGGUGAUAACUUCAAGUCCGGUCACUUUUCCUCAGUCAUGUUCCGUUUGUGGGAUCAGCGGUUGUCUGGGAUGUAAUUACUUUAUGAUUACGGAUGCUAUGAAAAUGAAGGACGUCCGUGGAGGAGGCGGUGGUCCGAUUAAGAGAAAGAAGAAGAACUACAGAGGAGUGAGACAGCGACCGUGGGGAAAAUGGGCAUCGGAGAUUCGGGACCCACGUAGAGCAGCUCGAGUGUGGUUAGGUACGUUUGAGACAGCCGAGUUAGCGGCUCGGGCUUACGACAGAGCUGCCAUAGAAUUCAGGGGAGCCAGAGCCAAGCUCAAUUUCCCGUUGUCCGAUUACACAACACCGCCGUCGUCAAUGCCGGAAAUUCAGGCGAGAAGAGAAGGGGAAACAAGUGGCGGAAAGAAAGCGAUUGAGGAGAACGAUGGUGAAGAAUGGAUGAGGAUCAUGACAGAUUUCGGUGGUUUCACCGAUGAUGAUCACACCGCUUGAUAGUUUAAUCACUUGGUGAUAAAUAAUGCCACGUGUCACAUAGCAAAAAUCCAUAGGAAGCCGUUAUGGCUACACGACAUAGAUUUAAAUUUUAAUCCACAUAAUUAUUUAUUAAUUCAAUUAAAUACUUUAGGCUAUCUUUAACUACAUAUUUCAUGUUAUAAAAAUAUGAAAACAUUUUUUUUUAUAAUAAAUCACAUGUAAUAUUAU